CUCGCCAGAUUCACGUCGCGUAUUCGGCUCAGUUAACUGUAAAGUUAUUAUUGUUUUCGAAUAUUAUUUGCGCGCCUUUGCGUACGAGUUCCAGAAUUUAAUAUUUGGCCAUAACAUACAACCAAAUUGAUCGGGACAACAAAAACCAAAAUAGCACAGAAGCUGCUCUAAAGCUCUGGAGUUGCUCAAGAAAACUAAACUUAGUAGCUAUAGAUUCCAAAAACAAAUUAAAAAGAGAUUAACGGAUCAAAAAUCAAGUUUCAAAGAGGAAGUAAAGCAAUUAACAGUGGUCAAACAGUGACUGCAAAACCCAAACCGCUACAAUGUCGCAACAGUGGCUCGCCAACUGUGCUAGGUAUUUGGUCUAUCUGGCGCUAUUUUUGCUCUUUGCCGCUCACCUUGCAAACGCCUCCAAUCAAAUCGAUGUGGAUGCGGAUCUUAAGCACAUGCUAGGACGUUGCCACGAGACGGACGAGGAUUUCAAUGAGUGCAUGCGGCAGGUGUUCAACGAUCUGAGGGCCUACUUUACGACGGGUAUACCCGACUACAACAUCAAGCCCUUUGACCCGCACCACUGUACCUAUGUGGAGCUGCGGCGAGGUGAUUCGCACGGCCUGGGCAGCUUUCGGCUGAUCUUGCGCAAUGUCUCUGAGUUUGGGUGGGCGCGAUCGGAGGUGACCAAAUUUCAUGCCGAUCCCGAGGACCAGCGUAUCGUCUACACCCAGUAUUUUCCGGAGAAGAGUUUGGAGGGAGAGUACGAGUUCGCCGCCAAGAUGCUGGGCACAGAGAUGAACCGGAAAGGCCACUGGAACCUCACCCUCUACGAUUACAGUCAAACUACUAGUGUACGUCGCAUAGGAGAACCGGGUUCGCUUAUCAAGGUCCAUGUGGAAGUAGAUCGCAUUGGUGGAAUGGAGCUGCAUAUUGAGAAUCUGCUACAGGGUCAGCCACUUAACCAAUUGGCCGAUGGAGUUAUUAACAGCAUGUGGCAGCUGGGGUUGCCCUUCAUCAAGCCAAUGAUUAACGAGUUGGUCAGCACAGCAUUCACGGAUAUUUUCAACGAAUCCUUUCGAUACUUUCCUCUCGAGAAGUUCCUCGCCACGUGA